GUCAAAUGUAAAAUGUCAAAUGUAGAAAUUUCUUGAUUUUCUAUCUGGAAUGCGAAGAUAGUAUCAACCGGGGUGAUUGAGGCUCACAAUUGCGACGAUGAUGCGCGAGGAUUCUUUGGUCGGGGGAAGUUCUCCGAGUCCACCAUAUUGAUGAUCUACAGCUUGUCAGCUUAACCUUACCUAAGCACACACAUUUACUGAACAGGGCCUAGACGAGGGGUUCUCGUCUUCAUACAUGGAAAAUGCACAAAGCACAGUCUGCGUGUUGAUAUUCGGAGUCAAUCCAGAUAUGGAUACAGACAUCAAUCGAGAGUAUUCAAAAGUCUUCCUUCAUAUUAUAUGCUGUCAACAUCAAAGUCUUUCAAUGUCUAUGACUGAUUCAAUUGAGUGUACCUUUUCCCCCCAACCAUGUAACCUUAGCCAUGUGGAGGUAGCUUCGACCUAUAAAUAUCUACCCAGGCACUAUACCUUUCCCUGGUUGGUCUGUUGUCUGUCUUGGAAGUUGGAACUUUGGAGCUGGCAAUCUAUCUCCAAGGCAACAUUUAUCACACAUUGUCAUUGUCACUGAUUGUGUUCUAGUAUAGAAUGUCGAUAUUGACAUCGGCCUCACAGUCGACAUCAUCUAUAGUACAACAACAUCUACUAUCCCUUGCGACGCAUUUAUCAAUCCUUUGAUAUGGGACACACUCGAUUCAUCAAUUGCCAAAAAUGUUCCCACGGCAAGCUAGAUAACUCUCCUCUCACUAUCAAUGAGGAUGGUAUGAUAAUUGAGAACGAGUUUUGUGAUACUUACGCGGAAGUGGUGGACCUUGAAAACAGUAUUAUCGCUCCUGGCUUUAUUGAAUUGCAAAUUAAUGGUGCUUUGGGUUUCCACUUUGCAAAUUAUGUCGAUCCUACCAGUUAUCAUGAUGGUGUACAAAAGUUAUCGCAAUAUCUCCCAAGCACAGGAGUAACUGCGUUUUACCCCACAGUACCUACUGUCCGACCUGAUGUUUUUCAUAACGUCCUACCAUUUCUGAGACCAUCCAAUCCAUCUACUGGGGCCAGCGUAUUGGGUGCACACGUUGAAGGACCCUUCCUUGCUCCGAGUAAGAAAGGUGCCCACAAUGCCGGAAAUCUGCUCGUUCCCGAAACUUUGACUCUUGAAAAUGUCUACGGAAAACACAAUCUCUUACAUGCGAUUAGAAUUGUAACAAUGGCUCCGGAGCUUCCAGGGGCAUUGGAGCAUAUCCGAAAACUGAGAGACGAGUACACAAUUUCGGUUAGUAUGGGACACAGUGCGGCCACCUAUGAGCAAGGAUUGAAGGGUAUGGACGCCGGUGCAUCUCUAUUGACUCAUACCUUCAAUGCUAUGAAUACUUUGCAUCACAGAGAGCCAGGCCUAGUUGGUCUCAUAUCUAGUCCAAAGGCUGGAAACCGAUGGAAUCCGUCGUUCUCGUUGAUUGCCGAUUCCAUUCACCUUCAUCCAUCAAUUGUAUCCAUGGCCUAUCACGCCUCUCCAAAACAGGCUAUCUUAGUAACCGAUUCCGUCGAGCUUUCCGGUCUUCCAGAUGGCAUUUAUCCUGGGCAUUCUCAGAUCCCGCAUCCACAGCUCAAGAUAGGGAACAAAGUGACGAUAGCUGGAACCGAAACCCUUGUUGGGACUUGUAUUCCACUUGAUCAGUGCGUCAGGAAUCUCAUGCAAUGGGCAAAUAUACCAAUCGAGAAGGCCGUAAUGACAGUCACUGAGAAUGUAGCAGAUCCGAUGGGUUUGGCGGAUAGAGGUAGCCUAGAAUCCGGCUGCAGAGGGGAUUUUGUGGUGAUGGAUAAACAAGGGUGUGUGAAAGAGACUUGGGUGCUAGGAAAGAAGAUUUGGAGCAGCAGUUGAAAGUCCAUAGCUCGAAGGUUCUAUACACAUAUAUCUUAGAUUGAUUCCAAAGUACUGAUACGGAAAUCUCUUUCCGUUGAGAAAUUAUCAACUUUCUUUCAACCAUUUUCUAAGCCGUUAUUUUCUCUAAAUAGCAAGU